AGCUUCAAUAUAUGCUUCUCUGAAAUCUCAUGCUCCCCAUCUGCAAAAAAAUAUACUCUUACAUCCCCACCAAACUGACCAAAAAGCCUUAUCUUUUCCAAACCCAUUACACCUCCUUUCAACAGUUGAAACUAUUUUUUAUUUUAUUUUUGGGUUUCUUUAUUUUUUUUUUCCCAUUUUUAACAUGUUCAAGUAGUAUUAACAUUGUUUUCAUCAUUAUUAUAUUCAACCUUGCGUACUUCCCAUCUAUAUAAGCAUACCCUUUAGCUACCAUUUAACACUGCAUCAUAAUUUGGUCAUCUUCAGAGUUUAACUUCAAGAGGUACUGCAAAGCUUCUCUCUUGAUUGAUUUUUAACUUCUCUCGUUAUUCUUUCUUGAAUCGCUUGUGGGUUUUGUUUUUAUUAGAGUUGCUGACAAAUUUUAGUUGCCAAACUGAAGUUAGCAAUGGCUGCUUUGUUAGUGAAUAACAGUUUUCUUUAUACAGAAAUUUUAAGAGGAGAGAGUAAGGGCUCUAUUAUUUGCAUUAAAGAGGACUUGCAGUCUAAUAUUUUCACCCUAUUGGCCCCUCUGCCAUUUCUAUCUUGGCUGGCAGCUGCUGGAUCUGGAUUUAUAAUUGAAUCCAUGGAUAGUUUGGUGUGGGAUGACUCGCAAGUUCUCACAAACACUGCAUCCUUAUGGAACAAUCCUCCACAUGCAUCACCUUUGUGGAGCAAUCAAGAAAAUGAAGAUAGCUUGAUUGCUUCCAAUUCAAAUUCUGGCCUUUUUGGUGGCAAGAUGGAUCUCACAGAAGACAUCUUCAAUCAAUUUCAAGAGCUCCAAAAGCUUCAAGAGAUUACAGCUAAUCCUUCCACAACUGGUUUUUGCAAGAGUAAUCAAUCGCGAAUCUUUGAUGGCAUACCGAAUGGAAAGGCUGUCGGAGUUUCAACAGCAGGUUCCCUUGAGUCCCUUGAUUGUUUGCUCUCAGCAACUAAUAGCAACACCAACACAUCGAUAGAGGACGAUGGGAUUUCCAUGAUCUUCUCUGAUUGCAGAAACUUGUGGAAUUUUGGCGCUAGUAGUGCAGCAUCAUCUGGAGAGUCUGAGAACAAUACUUCCAAUGCAAGAAACAAAGAAAUGCAUUGCCGGGUUAGCGAGCUUGAUGAAACUGUUUCCCAGAGUUCGUCUGAUAAAAAAAUUUCACCAAUCAAGCCCGACUCUAUGAAGAGAAGCAAGAAUCAAAGUGAGCUCAAAGCGUGUUGUAGUAACAAACAUCAGUAUUUUGAUCUUCUCCAAACUGAUUGUUCUACUUCAGAAGGUGGUUUUAGGCUCAUCUCAGAUAACCCACCGAAGCCAAAGAGAUUCAGAUCGGAUAAGCUUCCAGGCUCAUCAAACAUCAACUUUCAGCAACCUAGUUCAUCGGCAUCUUCUUCUAUUGAGGAGGUUGAUCCAGAAGCCAUUGCACAAAUGAAGGAGAUGAUUUACAGAGCUGCAGCUUUUAGGCCAGUGAACUUAGGCUUGGAAGUGGUGGAGAAGCCUAAAAGAAAGAACAUUAAAAUCUCAACUGAUCCACAAACAGUGGCUGCCAGGCAAAGGAGAGAGAAGAUAAGUGAGAGAAUUAGGGUUUUGCAGAGGCUGGUCCCAGGAGGAAGCAAGAUGGAUACUGCAUCAAUGCUUGAUGAGGCUGCAAACUACCUCAAGUUCUUAAGGUCACAAGUCAAGGCACUAGAAAAUCUCGGCCACAAGCUUGACUCAGUUAAUUGUCCACCAACAAACAUUGCUUUCUCUACUUUACCAUUCAAUAACCACUCUUUUUUUCCCAUGCAAGCUCAUCACUUUUCACUCCAAAACCCUAAUCAUAUUCACCACCCUCACAGUUGAAAAGCUAAUUAAAAAACCAAAUAUCAAACCUUAAUAAUGGAUCCUUAAUCAUGGUACUUAUCAUCAUUUCCAUCUCCAAUGAUUUGAUCUAAGGAUCCAAAGCCCAUUUUCUAGCCUGAAAACAAAUACAAAAGCUAAUCCAAGAUCCUUACCAUAAUCUUGAACAUCAUUAUAUUCCUGUGACCCAAAGUUAAAAGCUUUCACUAAUGAUAGAUUUCCUAACUAAUACCACCAUUAUUCUCUUGUUUUUGCUGCUUCCACUAUGUACAAAUUGAGUGAAGCUGUGGGAGAUAGAAAGAUGGUGGUGGAAACAGUAAAAAUUGGGGUGGAAGUGGUUUUGGUAUCACUGCCUUUUUUCAUACAAAAAGGCAUAGCAAUUAUAACAACUAUGAUUAAGAUCAAGGGCUAGAAAGUGAUUAUCUCUUUAGCUUGUUUUUCCUAUAGUUUGUUUAAUGUAUCCUAUGUACUUAAAGCUCACUUUUCUUGGAGAUUUUUAUGAUGUUUUUAAUGUAAUUGUUAGCUAACCAAUGCAAGAGACAUUCUCUUAA